CUUCAAAAGUCUCAGCUUCGAAACAAACAUACGGCAAGGCAAUGAAGGGCGCAAAUUUAGAGCCUGAGAUGCAUCAGUCGCUGCCACCAAAAAUCUGGAAACGGGAUGAGAUGCUCGCAUUCUUAGAUAUCUUUGAAUCUACAUUCCAUUCAUCGGUCUCCGAUCCGUUCGAUUCAGAAGCAGAUAUGUGGGAAUGUAUUUCGAAUAAACUGCACGCUCAAGGUUACACCGCGUCGGCUCAACAUUGCCAAAGGAAAUGGAAUUUUCUGUACAAAACAUACAUCAACAAUCAAAAUACACAGGGCGUAUAUUACGCAAAAAUAAAACGUAUCGUUGAAUUCUCACAGCAACUGAAUGAACAGUCAGAAUUGCUCGAGCUAAACGAUGACGAUGAUGCUGGUGAAGAAGGACAUGAGAGCCAGGUCAAAAACGAGUUCUCUGUGGCGGAAGAAGAGCACCUGGCGGUCGAAAUGGAAGAGGAGAUGGAACAAGUUGAACCAAUCGAAGCGGAAUUUUUAACAGAAGCAUUUAUUAAAUCAGACGAUGGGACAGUGCAAACACAGCAAGAGCUAACAGACGACAAUGCAGCAACAGCCUACGACACUGGUCAAAAAGAACCUAUACGUGAAAGACAUUCGGCUAGCGACGAGCAUAACUUAAUGGAUGUAUUAUUGGAUAUAGUUAAGAAAAUAGAAGUUAUUCAAAAAGUUCAAAAAGAUCAGGGACAACGUCUGAAAGAAAUGGAAUCUCUGCAUCUACAGAAUAGGUUCACAUUACUGGAAAUCAAGAAACAUUUGAAUGUAGAUUGAAGAUAGUUACUUCUACAAUUACAUGGCUGAUAUCCAUUUAUUAGUAAUGUUUAUGAAUCAUGUUUUUUUGCGUGCGUGCAAAAAUAAAAACUGCUUAAUUCUUUGAGGUAAAUCUUCAUUUUGCUCAAAGACUCCCGUCUGGUAUAUAUAUUUUAUCCAACGCUGCUUUAUUGUGUUAAUCUCUUCCGAAUGAUAGAAUUUGUUCAAGUCUAAUAAAUAGCAUCGUUCGAAUUAAAAAAAUCCAGCCAGCCAUUUCUUCGAAUUGGGUGACAAAUAGUAGUCCGAGGGAGUCAUGCCUGGAGAAUAGGGGGAACAAGUGAAGCAAGUUGUAACCCUAUCUCCAUUAAGUGAGAAAGAAUCACGGGUUUUUACAAUAAAAAUAAUGUGCUCUUUUCUCAAUC